CGUACCUUCUUUUUUUCUUCUGGCAAUAAAUGAUAUCCUAGUAAAAAAUUUCUUUCAAAAAGUAUUUUUUUUUUUAAAAUGGAGUAGAGCAAUAUAAAUAUUUCAGUCCCUUUUCACUCCAUUUUUCUCUCCCCGCCAUGUCUUUCCUUCAUCAAGCACAAGUUGUUCAUCGAUCUUCAAACCCAUCUCUUUCCCAAAUCAAACAAACCAUAUUUUCUUCCAUUCUACAAACCACAAUCAAUCUUUACCCAAUUUGCACAAAAGGUUUAAUUCCCCAAUUGUUUUUUGGCUCCAUAUUAUGAAAAAAUGCAUACGCCAAAAGAAGGAAGCUUAAGAGAUCAUGAUAUCCAAUCGUCCCGGAGCUUUAUCUCGGUUUUGAUAUUCCUUUUAAUUUCUCCGGCGGCGCCGGUGGCCCACGGCGGCCCCGACACCGGUAAUCCCGCCGCCGUCCAGCUCUUUGCACAGGCCGUCUAUAACAAAUUUAAGAAUUUCAAUUCUCUGUUUGAUGACAGCGUCGCCAAACAAAUGCGUUAUUGCGUCAACAAUGUGGAUGCUGAUUGGAAAGCAGCAUUUGAUUUCUCAAAAGACACUGAAUUUCUUUCCAAUUGCGUCAAACAAACAAAAGGGGAUAUAAUGCAGCGUUUGUGUACAGCUUCAGAAAUAAAAUUUUAUGCAUCGAGCAUAGUUUUAGGCACUCUCGAGAACAUGGGGUCAAGUAGCAGCAACUAUGUGAAACCAAACAAGAAUUGUAAUUUGACAUCAUGGGCUUCUGGGUGUGAGCCAGGGUGGGCUUGCAGUGUUGGAAAAGAUGUGCAGGUUGACCUUAAAACACCGAAAGAAAUGCCCGACAGAACCCUCGAAUGUCAGCCUUGUUGCGAAGGAUUCUUUUGUCCUCAUGGCCUCACUUGUAUGAUACCCUGUCCGUUGGGCUCUUAUUGCCCUGUUGCAACUCUCAACAAAACUACAGGUGUAUGUGAUCCGUACAGUUAUCAACUGCCUACUGGAGAGACAAAUCAUACAUGCGGUGGAGCAGAUGUGUGGGUUGAUUUUGUCAGUUCCUCUGAUCUAUUUUGUUCAGCUGGAUUUUACUGUCCUAGCACUACCAAGAAAAAUCCUUGCAGUCGUGGCCAUUACUGCAGGGCUGGCUCAACAGAGCAAACCAACUGUUAUGAAUUGGCUACUUGUGAACCUCAAACUGCAAAUCAAAACAUCACAGCAUAUGGUCUCCUCUUUUUUGCUGGAAUCAUACUCGUACUCCUCAUCAUUUAUAAUUGGUCAGACCAAGUUCUGAGCACUCGAGAGAAAAAACAAGCAAAGUCCAGGGAAGCGGCAGCAAAAAGUGCGCGUGAAACAGCACAAGCACGUGAGAAAUGGAAAUCUGCAAAGGACGUUGCCAAAAAGCAUGCAACUGGACUUCAGUCUUCACUAUCCCGCACUUUUUCCCGCAAAAAGUCCACACUGACAGAACCUAAAGCUGGAGAUUCUGCGUCUUUGCCCCCGAUGCCCUCCGGCAUGUCUCAGGCGAAAGCAAAGAAGCAAAGCAAUCUCACAAAAAUGAUGCGCGAGCUUGAGGAGAACCCUGACGGGCACGAUGGGUUUAAUGUGCAGAUUGGGGACAAGAAUCUGAAGAAACAUAAGGCUAAGCAGCUGCACACUCGCAGCCAAAUCUUCAGAUAUGCAUAUGGGGAGAUUGAGAAAGAGAAGGCACUUCAAGAGCAGAACAAGAACAUGACGUUUUCGGGCGUCAUUUCAAUGGCCAGUGAGUUUGAGACCGUGGGAAGGCCUCCCAUUGAGGUUGUUUUUAAAGAUCUCACCCUCACCCUGAAGGGGAAAAAGAAGCAUCUGUUGAGGUGUGUAUCGGGUAAGUUGUCGCCUGGUCGUGUUUCUGCCGUCAUGGGGCCUUCUGGGGCUGGAAAGACGACGUUUUUAUCUGCUUUGACGGGAAAGGCUACAGGCUGCACCAUGAGUGGUUUGAUUCUUAUAAAUGGAAAAGCUGAGAGUAUGCAGUCGUACAAAAAAAUUAUUGGCUUUGUCCCUCAAGAUGAUAUAGUGCAUGGUAACUUAACAGUGGAAGAAAAUCUCUGGUUUAGUGCAAGGUGCAGAUUGCCAGCAGAUCUUCCAAAGCCAGAAAAGGUUUUAGUUGUUGAGAGAGUGAUAGAAGCACUUGGAUUGCAACACGUAAGAGAUUCCAUUGUAGGAACGGUUGAGAAGCGAGGCAUAUCUGGGGGUCAGAGGAAGCGAGUGAAUGUGGGGCUGGAAAUGGUUAUGGAGCCAUCUUUAUUGAUUUUAGAUGAACCAACUACUGGUUUGGACAGCUCUUCUUCUCAGUUGAUGUUUGAUGAUUUCAUACUUCUAGCAAAGGGUGGUCUAACCGUAUAUCAUGGACCAGUGAAGAAAGUUGAGGAAUACUUUGCAGGCCUUGGCAUCCAUGUUCCUGAGCGCGUCAAUCCUCCGGAUUACUUCAUAGACAUCUUAGAGGGUAUUGUGAAGCUAAGUCCGAGCAUAGGGGUGAACUACAAAGAGCUUCCUCUCAGAUGGAUGCUUCACAAUGGUUAUCCCGUACCACCGGAGAUGCUGGACUCUGCCGGAUUGGCAGCUUCGGUUGGAGAGAAUUCAGCUCAUGGGGGAAACCCUGAAGCUGCUGCUGGGUCUGAUGGGACUUUUGCCGGAGAUCUGUGGCAGGAUGUGAAAUCCAACGUUGAACAGAAGAAGGACCAAAUGCAGCACAAUUUCUUGAGCUCCAAGGACUUGUCUAAUCGGGUUACACCGGGUUUAUUUCUGCAGUAUAAAUUUUUUCUUGGAAGGAUCGGUAAGCAGAGAUUGCGAGAUGCUAGAAUACAAGCAGUAGAUUAUCUCAUUCUCUUACUUGCUGGAAUAUGCUUAGGAACACUUGCUAAAGUGAGUGAUGAAACGUUUGGAUCCUUGGGAUAUCUUUACACCGUCAUUGCUGUCUCUUUACUCAGCAAGAUUGCAGCAUUAAGAUCCUUUUCUCAGGAUAAAGUAUACUACUGGAGAGAGAGUGGGUCUGGUAUGAGCAGCUUGGCAUAUUUUCUAGCAAAGGAUACAAUUGACCAUUUCAAUACAAUUGUAAAGCCAGCAGUUUAUCUGUCUAUGUUCUAUUUCUUCAACAACCCAAGAUCUACAAUUCUGGAUAACUAUAUUGUUCUUAUCUGUCUCAUUUAUUGUGUCACUGGAAUAGCUUAUGCACUUGCCAUCUACCUCACUCCCGGUCAAGCCCAACUGUGGUCUGUUCUUGUUCCAGUUGUGUUGACUCUUGUAGCGAACCAAGAAGGUGAUCCAUUUGUGAUGAGACUGGGGGAUUUUUGUUAUACCAAGUGGGCUUUGGAAUCAUUUUUGAUAGCAAAUGCCAAAAGGUACUACGGAGUAUGGCUGAUCACAAGAUGUGGCUCCUUGAAACAAAGAGGUUAUGGUCUUGAAGACUGGUAUCCUUGUUUGGUAUACCUCAUUGUCACCGGAAUUGUCAGCCGUGGCAUUGCCUUCUUUUGUUUGAUCACCUUCCAGAAAAAAUAGACCCUUCAUCAGCAAGAAAGAUCUCCACCCGCAGUUUCUCUGCAAACAUGUAGCCAAAUGCCAAUGAACCGUGGAAAAGUAUUUCCUUUGUUCUCUCCUUUAGCUAUCUAAUUGUCUCUUUUGAUAUAUUGAACGAAUACGAGCAUAAUUUAUGCCAACAUUCGUUCAUUGAAUGAGUAUUGAAUGAACGUGGACGGGCAUUGUGUCCACAUUCAUUCCGUUCUUAAUGUAUGUAGACAGAAUCAUACUAGACAAUUAUUUAAGAACGGAGAAAGUUUGCAGGAAUCCAAGCCUUCUGCCACCGGUGAGAAUGUGGAGGGUGGGCCAGAGACGGGCACUAUCGAGUUCAACAAGACCCUAUACAUUGUAUAUGUUUUUGUGUAGUAAUCUAUUGUAAUUUUGUGACUUUUUUGUAAUCAUGCCUAGAAGAUUAGGAGGUUAAUUCUAGGGAUUGUGAGGAAAAAAUUAUGAAACAUGUUGGUGUGAACUGCUAAAAUGUGCAGGCAAUAUUUACUCCCAAUUUUUGUUGAGCCACUACAAUUUUUGUAAGGUCCAUUCUGUAAGGUUUUU